AAGAAAAUUAUUGGGCUAAAGUUCAAACAGUGACAAAUACUGGACUGAUUUAGAAUCACUGUUGUCCCAGGUUAAUCAUAUAAAACUGACAAAAGUGUUUCAGAAGAUCCGGAGCUGAGUUAGUCGUAUAUUAUUAUUGGUAGGAUUAAGUGUUAAAAAUGGCGUCUGAUAGCAUAUCGAUCAACAUCGAUCCAAGAAGCGGCUUCUGCAAGUCCAACUCCGUCUUCUACAGUAAACGGAAACCCAUUGCCCUCCCCUGCAACGAGUUCUUGGAUGUCACCACUUUCAUCUCCUCCCAUGCCCAUAAUGGUAAGAUCGCCUUCAUCGACGCCUCCACCGGGCGCCACCUUACCUUCCCGGAAGUAUGGCGUGCAGUCGAUUCCGUGGCCUCUUGCUUGUCUGAGAUGGGCAUACGAAAGGGUCACGUGGUUCUCCUCCUCUCCCCUAAUUCUAUUUUCUUCCCCGUCGUCUGUCUUUCAGUCAUGUCCCUCGGCGCCAUCAUCACCACCACCAACCCUCUUAACACUCCUCAGGAGAUCCACAAGCAGGUCGCCAAUUCCAAACCCAUCCUCGCCUUCACCACCCAGUCCCUCCUCCCUAAACUCUCCGGCACUGACCUCCCCGUCGUUCUCAUCGGAGAACACAACAACGAGAAACUCUCCUCCAAGACCACCGAGAUCAUCUCCUGUCUCGAGGACAUGAUGAAAAAUGAGCCGAAUCAGAGUGGACUCAGAACCCGAGUGAAGGAACGGGUGAGAGAGGAUGACCCAGCUACUUUGCUCUACUCGUCGGGCACAACCGGAGCCAGCAAGGGUGUGAUCUCGUCGCAUCGGAACCUCAUGGUGAUGAUUCAGAAUGUAGUGACCAAUUCGACGUUGGAAGGGCAGACGUUCAUCUGCACUGUGCCAAUGUUCCACAUCUACGGCUUAGGGGUAUUCGUCGCAGGGUUGCUGGCGUUCGGAUCGACGGUCGUGGUGCUCUCCAAAUUUGAUAUGGAUGAGAUGCUAUCUGCGGUUGCGAAGUACGGGGUGACCUACCUGCCUCUCGUGCCGCCGAUACUGGUGGCGUUGAUCAACCAAGCGGAGAGGGUGAAAGCCAAGUACGACCUGAGGAUGUUGCAAUGGGUGAUUUCGGGUGGGGCUCCAUUGAGCAAGGAAGUGAUCGAAAGUUUCUUGGAGAAGUAUCCAACUGUGGGGAUUCAGCAGGGUUAUGCAAUGACGGAGACCACGGGGCUUGGAGCGUCCACAAUUACGCUGGAGGAGAGCAGGCGAUAUGGUACGGCGGGGCUAUUGUCGGCCAGCUUGGAAGCCAAGAUCGUUGACCCGGACACUGGAGAGGCCUUGCCAGUGAAUCGGACUGGUGAGCUUUGGCUUCGUGGGCCCUCUGUCAUGAAAGGUUAUCUGAGCAACCCAGAAGCCACAACAUCGACGAUAGACAAGGAGGGAUGGCUAAGGACAGGAGACAUAUGCUACAUCGACGAGGAAGGAUACAUAUUCGUGGUGGAUAGGUUGAAGGAGCUCAUUAAAUACAAGGGCUAUCAGGUCCCUCCAGCAGAACUAGAGGCAUUGUUGCUUACGCACCCAGAGAUCGCUGAUGCUGCUGUCAUACCGUUUCCAGAUAAGGAGGUGGGACAGUAUCCAAUGGCAUAUGUGGUGAGAAAAGCGGGAAGCAAUCAGUCGGAGAGUGCCGUCAUGGACUUUGUGUCUACACAGGUGGCUCCAUACAAGAGAAUCCGCAGAGUGGCAUUCGUGGCUGCCAUCCCCAAGAGCCCAUCUGGCAAAAUUCUCAGGAAGGACCUCAUUAAGCUUGCUAUCUCAAAGCUAUGAGUAGAUUUGCAAAUUGGCAUCUAUCCAUCUAUCUAUCGUUGGAUUCAUCAUCAAUACAGCCAACAUUAAAAGUUCCCGAGUCCGAGAAUGAUUCUAUAUAUGGAAUUUACUCAAUCUCUCUCUUUUUACAACAUUUUUCACAAUAAAUAAAUUUGAAAUCUAUAUCAAAUAUCGUAUGACAAUGAUCCAAACUCUAAGUACCAACCAUUUGCAUGAUAUCUUAACCACCUCAAUAAUAUGGAUCCUUGGGAAUUUUUUCUUGAGAAA